CCGGUGUCGCUGUCAAAGACGACGACAGUCUUGACACUCACCCGAAAACUUUCUGGACACUCAUCGUGAAUGUCUUUAAUUACAAUUCUACCACAUUCUAUUCUCAGCGUGACUAAUUCGGUAACAAGGCUCUCCGCAGCCUUUCUGGGGGACAGAGCCGCAUUACCUAUAAGUGGCCGGUCGUUUUUGCCUAUAAUCCGGGGUUAAGUAUAAUGUUUUAUAAAUACUGACCCAAAUUCUUCUUCUUUAGGUAUAUUUAGGGAGAUCCGACUUGGGAUGCCCAAGAUCCCAGCCACAACACACACCUAGUGUGUACUCUGCAGUAUGCAGUAUAGACGAUCACAGUUGUUUCGCAUGUUGGUAUACACUCUCGCUUUAAUAGAUGAAUCGUUAGUGAGUUUUUUUAGUUUAUAAAUUGAGGUACCAUGUGACUUGGUAUUCCUAAUUCCAAGUUUGAUGCAAGCUGAAAAUGGACGGUUGCGCAAGGCUGUGUAAUGACAAGCUGACUGCCGAUCAGUAGGUAUAUCUUUCAAGGGGCAGCCUGACGUACACAUGCUCUAGCCAUCCCUUCUCAUAACUUUCGCAACGACUUAAUAAUGACUGAAAGAAUGCGAUUCCGGGACGGCAACUGGAGCCGGUCGGCCUUCGAGAAUGGCUGGCCGUGGGUCACGGAAGCAUUCUUCAUCGUGCUCUCCAUUGCAGCCCUUAUUGCCAUGAUUGCACUUCUCAAAGUGUACGACGGGCAACCAGUAUUCCAAUGGCACAGUGUGACGCUCAACGCCGUCAUCGCUGUACUGUCCGUUGUACUUAAGGCGUGUCUCUCAUCCGUCGUUGGAUCAUGCUUAGGCCAAUGGAAAUGGAUUCUGUUUAGCAGAGAGAAGCGAAUCAUGCUCGAUUUUGAAAAGAUUGAUCUGGCAAGCCGCGGCGCAUGGGGGGCUUUUUCAGUUAUGCUCCGCCGACCGAUGUCGAACAUUGCUAGACUCGGCGCAUUCGUGAUGCUCUUUGCCGUGGCGAUCGACCCAUUCUCUCAGCAACUACUCCAAUCUAUCACACUUCUGGUCUUCGAGACACCACAUGAAAGCAUAGAAAACGCUUACGGUCGGGCGUAUACAGCGGGUACUUGGACGUUUACCAACCAAACCGCAAAGCUGCCUGGAAUUGAAAAACCUUUCUACAAAAUCUCCCCGUUGGUGGAUAUUGAGAUGGAGACUGCCAUUCUUGACAGCCUCUUUAGCGACCCAAGCUUAAUCCAACGCCGCUUGCAAGUUUCGUGCCCUAGUGGAAACUGUAAGUGGAACAAAUUUACCACCUUGGGGGUUUGCCACAGGUGCACAAACCUCACGUCUCAGCUCAAGAGAUACGAUAACUGGGCACGUCUAGACAACAUGUAUAACUAUUCAGCAUACAUGCUUCCCAACGGAGCGUAUUUGGCCAACUCAGAAAAUAAUCUCAGUCUUCAUCCCCCGAAUCUAUUGCUGCCUGGAGGUAGUGGUAGCGGCGCUGCCACGUCGAUGAUGGGCUUCGGGACCGGUAAUGCCAGCCAAACGGUAGCUAUGGGGGAUAUAAAAACGCUCAUCUGGGCCAUGACAGCGGUCCACGUCAACUUGAGCCGCAAUAUUUCAACUGAAUCCUACCACCCGUUGGAAACCUGGCCAAACCUUCCCAUCGUUGCAAAUGAGUGCGCUCUGUACUACUGCGCCAAAGACAUAGUUUCUACCAUGGUCAAUACCACCAUGGAGGAAUCAUAUACUGAGCAGACAGACUUUGCACGCGACCCUGCUUCGUUUAGACCUAAAUACGUAUCCCAGGAGGGCAUCCUAAGUGAAGCAGAGCUUCAAAGUUUAGAAUUCGACCCCGUGGUUUCAAACAUUCGGCGAAGCUAUCUCCAACUGAAAUCUCCAAAGAAUACUUCUAUUAUCCUCUCUAUCGAAGAUCUCUCCGUGGCCAGCAUUAGCGGUUAUUUUCAACAAACAUUCCGAAGUGAUGCCAACGUCAGCACUGUUCGCAAUGGCGAGGGUAUCACCUUGGCACUCAAGUCAUCUGAUAUACCCCAAGGUAAAGCAAACAUUGCCUUCUAUGCAACCGACAGCCUUCCAUCAAAAGGGGCCGGGCUCUGGAACAAUAAAAAGCCAAUCUUGGAAACCAACUUUGCUUUGCUUGCAAAGAGUAUGACCAACGCCAUAAGAAAUGACGGUGCUCGCGGCGGUGCCACUCAAUUGUAUGGGCCUAGAAAUACUAGUGGAUAUAUUGGCUUGUAUAAGCCGAUAUACUCUGUUCAAUGGGGCUGGAUAGCUCUCCAUGUUACUCUUAUUACUGGAGGCACAGUUUUCUUCAUCAUCACCGUGAAGCACUCGUCUCUGGCAGAACGCACGCUACAGUGUUUAGCGUGGAAGAACAAUUCACUUGCGAUCAUAAGCAAGGCAUCAGAGUUGGGGCCGUUCUUCAAGUCCACCGACGAUGUUAAAGAGUUGAACAGAAAGGCCAAAGCAGCAUCCGCCACUUUUAACCAAAAAGAAGGUAGGAGCCUAGAGACAGCUAUGCAUGAUAGUAGUUAAGAGC